GCAAAACAAAACAAACAAGCAGCCCCUCCUGAUUCAAAAUGUCCCUUAAGCUGCCACGGAACUGGGAUUUCAACCUGAAAACGGAUGCUGCAAAAAUAGCUCGUUCCAGGAGCGUGAUGAGCAGCGAGGGGGUGGGUGCCAGGCCUGGCUCCCCCAGCCCGCUGGAGCGGCCGCUGAAGACGGGCUGGCUGAAGAAGCAGCGCUCCAUCGUCAGGAACUGGCAGCAGAGAUACUUCGUGCUCAAGGGCCAGCAGCUCUACUACUACAAGGACGAGGACGAUGCCAAACCACAGGGCUGCCUGUGUCUCCAGGGAAGCACCAUCAAGGAGGUGGCCAGCAACCCAGAAGAAGGAGGGAAAUUUAUCUUCGAAAUCAUCCCAGGGGUCUCUGGAGACCAGACCCGGGCAGGACAGGACACCUGUGUGCUCAUGGCUAAUUCCCAGUCUGAGAUGGAGGAAUGGGUUAAAUCCAUCCGACGAGUGGUGGGGACAUCUUCAGGAGCGGUGUUUGGCCAGCGCUUGGCAGAGACCAUGGCUCAUGAACAGAAAUUUGGGCAGCACCAGGUGCCCAUCCUGGUGCAGAAGAGUGCUGAGUUUAUCCGGGAGCACGGUGUGAGUGAGGAGGGCAUCUUUCGCCUGCCUGGCCAGGACAACCUGGUGAAGCAGCUCAGAGAUGCCUUCGAUGCUGGGGAAAGGCCCUCGUUUGACCGGGACACAGAUGUGCACACCGUGGCCUCUCUGCUCAAGCUCUACCUGCGGGAGCUCCCUGAGCCAGUCGUGCCCUGGAUGCAGUACGAGGAUUUCCUGCUGUGUGGCCAGACACUGGAUGCAGAUGAAAGAAAGGGCCAUCAGGAGCUCCUGAAGCAACUGUCCCUCCUUCCCAGAGACAACUACAACCUCCUCAGCUACAUCUGCAGGUUUCUACACGAAAUACAGUUGAACUCUAGUGUCAACAAGAUGAGUGUGGAUAACCUGGCAACAGUGAUUGGAGUCAACCUCAUCAGACCCAAGAUAGAGGAUCCUGCAAUUAUUAUGAGAGGCACGCCACAGAUCCAGAAAGUGAUGACUGUGAUGAUAAGUGACCAUGCAAACCUCUUCCCCCCAUCCAAGGAUGUGCCACCCUCCCCACCUGCUCAAAAAGAUGACAAGAAAGCUCCAAUCCCACGCAGCUCCGUGGGCUGGGACACUGCAGAGGACCCUGUGGUGCCCAGGGCAGACAGCUUGAUCCAAAGGCAAAUGAGAGAUGACCUGAAUUCCAGCAGUGCCCCCGGACCAGCUGCCAGCUCAGAUGCACCCAGGGAAGAUAACGGCUCCAAAGACACCCUGGGAAUGUGGAAAACACAGGCAAGGAAAAGAACUCAGACUUUACCUAACAGGAAAUCCUUCCUGACAGCUGCUUCUCCGGGGGAGAAAGGCAGCAAGGACAGAAAUGGCAUCUUUGCCAGUGACUUCUGGAAAAGCUCCCCGGGGAGCAGCGCGCGCCCCGCGGGCCCCGAGGGACACAAGAGAACCUUGUCUCAUGAUCUGUUUAAGCUGCUCGACCUUCACCGGGCUCCGACCCACGAGAACAUUCCCACCUCCCAGGAAGAAAGUGGGGAAGGCAGCUCCAGCCCCUCCAGCAGCAGCUCUGAUAAGGAAUUUCUACCCUGCCCCAGUCCCAGCCAUCAGGCAAAGGAAACUGCCAGUCCCACCAGCAGCCCUGCCGAGGUCCCCAAGCCUGAUCAGGAGAGCAGGGAGUUCCUGCAAAACAUGAUCCUGAAGCUGGAGAAAGAAAUGGAGGUACAGAAAAAUGACUACGAGGAACAAAUUAAAAGUCUUGAGAAGGAAAACUAUGAAGUCUGGGCCAAAGUGGUGAGGCUGAAUCAAGACAUCGAGAGGGAGAAGAAGAAGUCUGAGGAACUGGAGCUGAAGCUGAUGAACGUGGAGCGCUCACGGGAGGACACGGAGAAGAAAAACAAGAUGCUUGAGGAGGAGAUAAAAAACUUAUCUAAAUCCACGAGCAAAACGGAUAACAAAACCAACUAGGAGAAGACACUCAGCUGUGCACAGACAUAAAAUGCAGCAGCAUGAAUGCACAAGGAUUGCCAAGCAGGAUCAGAGCCAGGGCCUUGUAUUGUCCCAUGUUCUGCUACCGACCGUGGGCUGGUUUGGAGGAAGGAGCCCAGGAGUUAGAGGCUGGUUUAUGCUGUGAAACAGGAAAUACCCAGAAUAUUAUUUAGCUUUUUUUGGGGGGGUGUUUUAUCACCUCCUCUUUCAGCUGCUCAAGUUACCUGUAGAACAGGCCAAUAUUCUUUGCUGCUCAAUCAGAAUAUCUUGCACUCAGGAGGUCAGGUUAAGGACACAUUAUGCCUUGACAAGAAUAAACCAGGAAGCAUCCCUCCUGCCAGCCUGCUGGCUCCUUGCUGCAGACACCCACAGUGCUUCUGAGUGGAACAGAAAGUCCAUAAUCUUGGAUCUGGGGCGACAGACCAGCCCCAAGGUCUGGGGUGGCACAGCCUAUCACACAGUGUGCCUGGAUGGUGUCAGCACCACGGCUGAGAUGCUCCCAUCCACACGUGCAGCUGCUGAUUGCUCUCCCAAAGGACCAGGAGCCUGGACAGCCCAUGAGGUCCACUGGGAAGAGCUCUCAUGCAGCAUCAUUCAGACUCGUUGGUAUCAAGGCUCCAGGCAUAAAAUGACAGUGUCACAAAUACCUCUUCAGUUAAGUGGCUGAUCAGUUAUUUUAAAUCACUGUUCCUUGCAGCCAUGUAGACAGAACUCCAGCACAGCUGCUGAGGAGGCUGUGGGGAGCACCUUCACUUACCCACACUCAGAGCUCUUCGUGCAGAGUCCAGCAGCAACUUCAUCCGGUACAGAAAAAGAGGCUUCUGCAUUUUUCCUGGUGGACAGUCUUCAAAGAAUCACAGAUCUGGACUUAUUUAGUGCCUCCACUUGUGUUUUACAUCAUUUCGUCAGGGUAGAGCAGGAUUUCCUCAGCCACCUUGCUGGAAACCUGGGUUUGCACCCCAACAGUGAGGUGGGUCUCUCCCUGUCACUUGCUGCCAUCAGUAACCAACUGGACCUGAAGGUCUCAAGGUGCCAGUGUGGCUGUUUGUAAACUUCUCUGCCCAUUUUCCCUCUGCCUGCCAGCAAGUUGCCCUCCCAGCAAGUCGCCCUCCCAGCAGUACCACGAUGCUGCUGAAGCUUUUGGUGUAGGAAAGAAAAUAGCAGGACUCUGCAAGAAAAAACCUUUCACUCCUCGUUUAUGUUAAGAAGGUGGAACAACACCACACAGGCUCAGCCCAGCCCAGAGCCUUCAUGGGAACAGAAAAGGGAAAGCCACAGGGAUCUGCAGGAGUUUUCCACAAGAUGUCUAGGACCAAACGUAUGUCUCUGUGCCAAGUUCCUGCAAUGACACUGGAUUACUGCUACCAGGGACUUGGCUUUGGUGAUACAAAGGUUCAGCUCAAGACAGGCUGCAGACCUGCUUGGCAGAGCCUGCAGAGAAAAACCAGCUGGUGAGUGGAAGGGCCACAGAGAAAACUGUGGGGAAAAAAGGGAGAUUGGAGUGGGGCAAUGUUAGAGAAUAAAAGUUACUGUUAGGUA